AUGUUCUUCGUCUUCUUCGUGCGCUCCAUGCAAAACCUCGCCAUCGAAGUCCCCGAAUCGACGGUCAUGAACAUUCUCGAUCGUGUUUACAAACCAGAACAACAAAAGAACAAAGUCCUUUCCCUGAUAUCAGCGGUUGUCUCCAUGAGAUUCGUGAUUGUUACCUUUCAGGGUGGUGUAUUCAACUCGCGCCUGCAAUGGGCUUUUGCAUCAACUACAAUCCUCUGCCAACACACGAACAGCUCUCUGGGCCGUUCCGACAAAGGCCUCAUCCACGGAGUUCCGCCGACUGGAGAUCGUGCACCCAUGCCCUUGGCCCCAUCAGUGUACUCAUCUUCCUUUCCUUUCACUUUGUGGAGCGCCGAGUGUCUCAGUCAGUGA